AGAACACUCUCAUUAAAACUGCUUUCCUUAGUACACUUCAACUCAAAGCCUAGGAAAAUGCCAGUGUGUGUCAGAGUGGAAACAUAACGUUAGAGAGAUUGAGAGAUGUGGGUUAGAUAGUCAGAGUUAAAAGAAAAAAAGUUUGACCUGGAGAAACUGGAGAUAUUGCCAUCUUAUUUGGUAUAUUUAUUGACAGUUACAGCGUUUGGACCUUGGAAGAGGCAUUUCAGCUAUAACAGCAAGAUCUCGAAAGUGGAAUUGGACUCACAUGGAACUUUCCGCUUAUUCCAAGAGUAAUGACCCGCUGACAAACACCAAGUGCAAGACCUGCAACAACAAGGUGACUAUGUCAACACUCAGUCUAUGGUGUACAAGCCAUUGAUUGGAAUUUGGAACUUGUAAUGAUGAUUUGAAUUACAAAAAUAAUUAUUUUGGGGGCAAACUGUUGCUUUGCUGAAUGCAAUUCAGUUUCUUGCAAAGCUAAAACUACUUACAGCAAGGUUACUGUCCAUUCAGAACGUACCCUGUUUUUAUUGUAAUUUGAUCCCACACACUCUGCAAUAAUUAUAAAGCAGGGCUGGAAAGCAUUAAAGGAGAUUUGUCAUUAAGGCUGCCUAAAUAAAGAGGCAGGAAAAGGGCAAGGUUUGUGGAUUCAGGCGUGGAGGUACAGCGACACCCGUUUCAUCCAGAUCCACCCAAGAACUGCUCAUGGACCCCCAAGGAGGCCACUUUCUCAACAAGGCAGCGGUGCUGUCUGGACUCGGCGCUGCCCGUAUGUGCCAGCUACUGUUGGGUUGCACCACCAUGGCCCUGGUGGCCCACAGCGCUGGCUUCAGCGCCACCUAUGGCACCUUCUGCAUGUUCGUCUGGUGCUUCUGCUUUGCCGUAACUUCUGUCAUCUUCACCAUGGAUGUCACAAGGCUGCACGGGUGUUUGCCAAUCUCCUGGGACAACUUCACCGUGGCCUACGCCAUGUUGGCAACACUCAUGUACGUCACGGCUUCAGUGGUGUACCCCGUCUACUUCCUCAGGUCUGAGUGCCCGUCGGAGGGCUGCGAGGUGCAUAACUACCGCAUUGCUGUCACCGUUUGCUCUAGCGUUUGCUGUGUCGCUUACGGGGCCGAGGUGUUCAUUACGCGGGCCAAGCCGGGGCAUGUGGUGGGCUAUAUGGCCACUGUUUCAGGCUUGCUCAAGGUGGUCCAAGCCUUCCUAGCCUGCAUCAUCUUUGGUGCACUGGCUAAUGACAGUGAAUACAACCGGCACAUUCCUACACAAUAUUGCGUGGUGGUCUACAGCCUGUGCUUUGCCGUAACAGUGGUGGUGGUGGUUCUCACGGUCUUCGGGAGAACAUCGGCUUUGCGCUUCCCUUUCGACCGCUUCGUGGUCAUUUACACCUUUCUGGCAGUGCUGCUCUAUAUGAGCGCUGCUGUGGUCUGGCCUGUUUUUAGUUUUGAUAAGAAGUACGGGACCCCAGGGCGACCAGAAGACUGUCCAAGAGGAAAGUGCCCAUGGGACAGCAAGCUGGUGGUCGCCGUGUUCACGUUUGCCAACCUGGUCCUGUACUUCACCGACCUGGUGUACUCUCAAAGAAUACGAUUUGUCUCCCAUUCAGCAGCAUAACACCAUCUCAUCUUCAGUCUAAUGGAUGUUUAAAUACUGGAAUUUCUAAAAUACAGCCAACCAAUAAAAUGCAGUUGUUCUGCACUAGUAUAUGAAAUAUAAUUGUUUUUUUUAGUUAUGUUGAUUGGAACUCCAACUGCUGAGCUUGAACAUGUCAUUUGCUUGUUUUAUG